GGCUACUUCGCUCACGUUAGUCGGUGUUUCUCCUCCAAUGGCGCUUGUCCCUCUCCAUUCUCACAUUGAACGGUUUAGCCAAUGUCGUACCGCCUCAUAAUGGACCGAGCCUAUCAAUGUCCGCGCUCACAAUGGAAAUCGGCCAAUCACCGUGGCGACAUGCGAACCUAUCAAUGUCCGCGCUCACAAUGGAACAUUGCCAAUCACCGUGACCCCUCCCUCCCUCAGACGCCCUCACGCCCCCCACCACCACAAACAAAACAAAUUUCGAAUUUUAUUUUUAAAAAUAAAAACCGUUGGAAGAUUCUGAAAGUCAGAUGUCAGUAGCCUAGCUUCGUUGAAGAAGGAUUCGUCAUCACAUCAUUGAUCUCUCGACCUAAACGAUCUUGCUGUGAGUACCCAUUAAUAUUGUUUAUUGUCUGUUGUCGUUCAAACAGAUUUCGUAUUUAUAAUUGUACAUCAGCUAAAAUAAUAUAUUGUGGGUUAAAUAAAAGGGCGACAUAAUGAUGUCAUGUUCUGAGUGCAAGAGUAAGGACACAUUUUAUUUUAUAAUAUAGUAGUAACAUUUUAAGUUAAAAUGUAAAUGCAUACAUAGAUAUCAACCUAUAUAUAGACCAACCUCGAUCGAUCGAGGUUUAUAGUUUUUCUUUUUUUACCUCAUCAUAAUUAGCACAGAAAACUAUGGCUUUGACUUUACUUUUAAAUGCUUUUAUGUCAUACCCAUUGUUAGUUGUGCACAAAGUGCAUCAUUAGUUUAUGGAAUUUGAUUCUGCUAAUUCCCAAUGUUAUCUUCAGAUGAGCACCAAGCCAAAGAGCCACAAAGGUAUGGGGGAUGGGGAGUGGAUGGCAAGGCUUAAGGCAUUUGCCAGCACUGGGGUUUGGCCUUCCAAUGCAGGGAAUAGACCAGCCCCAAGGCAGAAGAAAUGGCAUGAUAUCUAUCAGAAGAUAGAAAAAUGCCCCAUGCAAGUUCGGGGACAGACCACCCUUUUUGGAGCGUCUGUCACUUGUGACUGUGGCUUUCACACUGUUAAACCUGCACUGCAGCCUCCUUCUGCACCUCCUUCUUUGACCCCACAGUCUGUGGGUUCACAAUCUAAUUCUGGAGAUACAGCAACAGCCACCCGCUGUUUCCUGAGGUCCCCUCCAUCUUUGUCAAGGUUCACUAAGUCCUAUUUUGGGGGUUCUCUUUCGGAUUCAGUGAAGCCAAACUUGGUGGCCCGGAAGACACCGAGUCCCUCUCCAUCCUCUGUGAGGAGCCCAAGUCCCUCUCCAUCCUCUGUGAGGAGCCCAAGUCCCUCUCCAUCCUCCGUGAGGAGCCCAAGUCCCUCUCCAUCCUCCGUGAGGAGCCCAAGUCCCUUUCCAUCCUCCGUGAGGAGCCCAAGUCCCUUUCCAUUCUCUGUGAGGAGCCCAAGUCCCUCUCCAUCCUCCGUGAGGAGCCCAAGUCCCUUUCCAUCCUCCGUGAGGAGCCCAAGUCCUUCUCCACCCUCUGUGAGGAGCCCUAGUGUUGCUCCAUCCUCCCAGACACACUCCGGCAAGACAGUUGCAUCUGAACAGCCUUCAACGUCUCUGUUACAACCAGCUGCAGGUGAUAAUGCAGCUUCUUUCUGGUGGCCGAGUGAGAUGAGGAAAACCAUCCCUGUGCAGGAUCAAAGAUGGAUCUCAAAUACCCUCUUUAAAUCUGGCAAACUGCGCCCAGAUUUAAAGCUGUGGUACGAGCCUCCUGCGCCGGCCCUCAUUUACCAUCAGGUGCCAACACCUGAGAGGUUUUUUUCACAUCGGCUCCUCGUAUGGAUGCCCUACCAUCAGUGGAAGGUCAGGGUGUUCUGCAAAACUUGUGGGAAUCAUCUUACAGGUGCUGGCAUCCACAAGAGGGCUCGGAAAGUCCUGGAUAUUGAUAGGUAUUACCUCCUUGUGACGGAGACACUCAGGUGCAGCGGGUGUAAUCUCACGUAUCUAUCAACAUCCCAGAGCAUCCGAGACCAGCUGGACUUGCCGCACCAGAAACUAUUUCAGCUCAUCCUCACCCAAAAGUAUGCUUGUGACAUACGAGUGAUCAGGCUGAUGAGAGACAGGACACAGGGCAACAGUUCAGCACGGCUGCUGAAGCAGCUGAAAGAAAACCACGGGGAGGAGUGGCUGAACAGGUUGGGGCACUAUCUGGAGGAGUGCGCUAACUUUGUAAAUAGACCCAGCCUUUUCCCUGUGGUGUGCCAGGAGCCCCCAGAACCAGCUGACAUCCCCACUGAUCGCUGGUUGUUGUCAGUGUAUGGCAGAGAUAUUCUGUCACGCAUAGAACACAUAAAAGCCAGCAUCACCUCCACCUUGGGGACAGUUCUGAAGCUGGACUCCACCAAAAAGAUCACCAAAAAGCUGGCUGGCCACAGCAAAGGAACGGCUCUGUGGGUGUCGUCAGUCAGCAAUGAGCUGGGCCAAAUAUUGAAUAGUGUCCUGACUGUCCAGGAGGGUCCAGGACUGGACAAAAUGGCUGCAGGACUGACGGAGCGGUACCGCCAGGCUGGGGCUGCACCUCCAAAGGUGCUGUAUGUGGACUGUGGCUGCUGUGUUAGUGAAGGCCUCAGCAAGCUGCAGGCCAGGUUUGGAGGGUGGCCAGAUAUUUACAUUCGCCUGGACAUUUGGCACUUUAUGCGGAGGCUGGCUGUUGGUUGUACCACGGAUGCCCACCCUCUGUAUCCUGCUUUCAUGCGGGCACUGUCCUCCUGCAUUUUUGAGUGGGAUGCAGGGGACCUUGACCUUCUUCGACGAGCGAAAGAAAGGCAGCUCCAGCAGGAACAGAGGCCAGGUAUAACCAACACCAUGGUGGACAGGCAGAUAACUAAGAAGGAGUUGAGUAAUUUCUGUCGUAGGAGGACACGGGGAGAGGACAUCACUACUGUCCUUAUUGAACGACUGCUGGAGGAGCUGAAUGGUCCAAAAGGGAGAGAUUUGAUGGGGGUUCCCUUACUGGAUGAAGUCAGGAUAAAACACAUCUGGGGUGUCCAAAAACGGCAUGUGAAAUGCAUUCAGGAUGUUGCAGGGAUUCAGUUGUACACUGAGGUGGGCAGUGUCAACAAGAGCGGAAUCAAGUUGACACGUUAUCGCUGUUCACGAGGCUCUACAUCCCUGGAGUCAUUUCAUUGUCAUUUAAACAGGUUUAUUCCAGGAACCAGUGCAAACUUAUUGAAUUUCCAGCUCUACCUCCUGGAAGGCCUGAAUAGAUGGAAUCAGGAUCGGGGUUCUGCAGCAGUGACCAACAAACCAUCGUCUCUUCUGACAUAUGCUGGAGACAUGACUCAGUCCAUAAAUCAGAACAGCUUGAAGGUGCUGGGACGAGAGUACGUCCCACAAUUUAUGCCCCCUUCAAAGUACACAGGUGAGCUACUGGGCGUUGACUACCUUCUAACUCAAACAGGAAAGCCACUGAAACCCCAGCCUGACUCAGAAGAGACAGAUGUUCUGCUGGAAGAUGUGGAGGCUAAUGUAGCAGAGGAAGAUGAAGGCUUUGUGGACGAAGAAGCUUUGGACUUUCUAGUAUCAGAGCUACACAAUGAGACCCUUUUCUCAGCUACAUCACAUCUCGAAUCCUCCUCCCAGCCUGCUGCCUCCACCCAGCCAGCUCCCUCCACCCAGCCAGCUGCCUCCACUCAGUCAGCUGCCUCCACUCAGUCAGCUGCCUCCACCCAGCGUGCUGCCUCCACCCAGCGUGCUGCCUCCACUCAGUCUGCUGCCUCCAUCCAGCGUGCUCCCUCCACCCAGCGUGCUCCCUCCACCCAGCGUGCUGCCUCCACCCUGUCUGCUGCCUCCACUCUGUCUGCUCCCUCCACCCAGCCAGCUCCCUCCACCCUGUCUGCUGCCUCCACCCAGCCUGGCAUUGCUGAGCCUAUGUCAGAGGGUUUAGAUGAGGCCGGUGUACCAGGCCUGGACAAAGUUGACAGCUUGGCUGAGUAUCUGGUGGAGCUAAGGAGCAAAACCUCACUGGUGCUGACCAACCAGGAGGUGAGCUGCAUUGUUGCUCUGUGGCAGAACCUGCUGGAGUUUGAUAAACAGAGAACGGUAUUUGCUGCAAGACAUCAAGAAAGAUUGAACACUGGGAGGUUUCGGUCCCCCAAGAAGAGGCAAGAAUUUACUCCUGGGGUUGAGAGUGUAAAGAGGCAUGCUCUAACCACUCCAGCCCCAUCUGCCCAAUGGCCAGACUGCUGCCGCUUGGUGGAGACCAUCUUUGUCCGACUGUGCAAUAUCCAUCGUAGUCCAAAGAAAAGAGGAGCAGGCACAGUCUCCAGGUGGGAUUUGAUCCUACAAGACUAUAGAAAGAUCAGGCAGCUCGUUCUGGCGAAUGGAGCUGUGAUGGGGCAGACACAUUUGCAGCUAGUGGAUGUUAGCUACACCACCCUGGUUCAGUGGCAUAACAGAAGGGUCAAAAGGCAAGAGACCGCUGUGGUACUUCAAGGGCUAAACCUUCCCAGCCAGUUUUCUGUAGCUGCUGACCCGCUUCUGCCUGCAAAUAUACGCCCGCAUUACGGCGUACCACAUUCAGGGCCACUGCAUACAUAUAGGCUACCAUCCAACACUGUGGGGCAGUCAAAAUUAAAAAGAAAGCUACAAUUCACUGAUGGGACAAAUCCAUCAGGACAGCGGCAGCUUCUCCCUGCCCCACCCAAAAGGCCUCAGCUAGUGGCAAUUACUCCAAUGGCACCACAGGGAUCUGUUAUCCUCACUACCCAACAGCAACAGAGUUUGUGGAACCUCUCCACCCCUCCUCCACAUGCUUAUCCUGUGGCCCCUGCUCUGGCCCCUGCUCUGGCUCCCAGAGCAGCCCCUGCUCAACCUGGUAGAGAACCUCGAAAAUUGACUCGCAAAGUUUUGCACAACACAUGCAAAAAAUGCGGGCAGUUUAGAAUAGCUGAAACAGGACACAGCCAAUAUAGAGGGCAAAUUUACUGUCCCUCUAAUGAAAGUCUCACUAAAGAGCAGUGGCUGGAACAAAUUAAAAAGAAAAAAUAAACAUUUUCUUUAUUUUAAAUAACUUCACUGUAUAUAAGUUUUAUUUAGUUCAUAGUGUGUUUAUUUUGUUUUGGGUUAAUGAUACAGAUAUUUAUUCUUAUUGUCAUUGUGUACACAAAGUAAUUCAACAAACCAUACAGUAAAAGGAUUUAAGUCCUUCAGCAAACCACAAAUUUCUUGGUUAAGAAAAAGAAAUGGGAGACUUCAAUGGAAAUGUGUUGCAUCCAAAUGCUACAAUGUUUUGGGACUAACUAAAAAUGUUUAAUUCACUGUCUUAAUUGUUGAAUAAAUAUUUGGUUCUUUUAAACCGAUAA